UAGAAUUUAGGUAAGUGUCCUGUAAGAAACUUAACAUGGCCGCUAUGAUGAACACCUCCGAAACCAAAUCACAAGAAACAGAUGAUCGGACACACCUAAGGUUUCAAGUUGAGCUGGAGUUUGUCCAAUGUCUGGCAAAUCCUCAUUAUUUGAAUUUUCUUGCUCAAAGAGGGUACUUUAAGGAGCAGUCCUUCAUUAACUAUCUCAAAUAUCUUCUUUAUUGGAAGAAGCCAGAAUAUGCAAAAUUCUUGAAAUAUCCCCAGUGUCUACAUUUCCUUGAGCUGCUCCAGUAUGAACAUUUUCGUAGAGAACUGGUAAACCCCGCCUGUGCGAAGUUCAUUGAUGAACAGCAAAUUCUCCAUUGGCAGUAUUAUUCCCGGAAAAGAAUGAGGAUCAGUCUACCAAAAUCAUCGGUACAAACAGGUUCUACAGCUGAGGGGGAACCAUCUUGAGGGAUGCAAAAUGUAUACCGAGAAACGUGGGCAAGUUUUGUCAAUAUUGCUUGGACUGAGUUGGCAGAGAAUUUAGAAAUGUGGGUGCACUCAUAUAAACACCAAGCCAAGCACUAGCUCCCACUCAGUUUUUAAGACAUGCCUUUGGCUUGGUUCAUUGGCAGAUGUCAAGGACUUUGUAAUCUUAACAGUUUGCAGAGUUGAUAUGGGACAAUUUUUGUGCAACUUGUUAUUUGGUUAAGCUUUAUAUUCUGAAGACAGUGCAGUAAAAGAUCAGGAGACUGAAUAUUUUGGCAAGCCAAUUUUAUGCUAAGCCAGCCACAUUUUUUUGGUACCAAAAUUAAGGGAGUCUUCCCACCCCUACCUCAUUGCCCUACAAGAUCUGCUACAGCUCUCUUUAAGUCUCAAACCAGGAACACGUGAAAACAGAUUCAAACAGGAAAAAGAAACAUUUACUAGUUGGUUAGUGGCAGGGUUAAUGGUUUGAUCCAAGUUUAAGGAAGCCAUGUCACUGUUUAAUAUUCAGCCUGUGAAAAUCAAUGGAACCUUGUAAGUUGUUUUAUUAUUGGAGUGAUAUGUAAACUCAAAAGUGCUGUAGAUUUUUUAAAAUAAAAUAUUGAGCAAAAUA